UUUUCUGGUAAGAAUCAAAAUUAAAAUCUGGGGUUUUUCUAGUGAGUAAAUGUUCGACUUGUUUCUGCUGAUACACGUUCGCUCUCAAAUUUGGCUGCGCAAAAGGAAAAAACCAACAAAGAACCUUUCUUUAUUUGGUUUUAUACCUAAUAGUAGAAGUUAAAAAAGUCUUCAUUUUCCUUUCCUUUUCUGCAUACAGUUCCUGACUUUGUACAGUCCAAAUUCUAGAAGGCUAAAAACCCAUUAUAAAUUUUCAAUUUUCUUUGCCUUUUGAUCGUCUUCUCCACUCAUACUGAUUUGUAGCUUUAAUUGUAUAGAAAACCCAAGUAGCUGGAGUCAUAUUUUACUUGAGCUGAGUUGGUUUAUAUAGAGUUUUGAUUAGGAUUUGAAGUGGGCUGUGAUUAAUUUUGGUGAAAGGAUAAUAAUAAGCAGAGUUUAGUUAGUUCAACUAAACAGUUUCCAAAAGUGGCGAAAAUGAGUUUAAGUGCAGCCGAGGAUAAUUCAGGGUCAGAGAUUCAUAUACCCGCAGAUAUAGAUUGGCAUAUGCUUGACAAAUCCAAGUUCUUUUUUCUUGGAGCCGCUUUAUUUUCAGGUGUAUCAGCUUCUCUUUACCCUAUAGUAGUCUUGAAAACUAGGCAACAAGUUUCUCCUACUCAAAUUUCUUGCUUUAAAAUGUCUUUUUCUAUAAUGAGAUAUGAAGGAUUGAGAGGAUUCUACAGGGGUUUUGGUACCUCUUUGAUGGGGACAAUCCCAGCUCGAGCACUUUACAUGGGAGCCCUUGAGGUUACAAAGAGCAGUGUUGGAACUGCAACUGUUAGUCUAGGAUUUUCAGAUACGACAGCAACUGCUAUAGCUAGUGCUGCUGCUGGGUUGAGUUCAGCUAUGGCUGCACAGCUAGUUUGGACCCCGAUUGAUGUUGUGAGCCAAAGACUUAUGGUUCAAGGUUACAACAAUAGUAACAGUAGCAAAAAUGUAAUUCCAAGCGUGAAUUCUUGUAGAUAUAGGAAUGGUCUUGAUGCGUUUAGGAAGAUUCUGUAUGCAGAUGGUCCUAAAGGAUUGUAUAGGGGGUUUGGGAUCUCAAUAAUGACAUAUGCACCGUCUAAUGCGGUUUGGUGGGCAUGUUACUCUGUUGCACACAGGCUUAUUUGGGGUGGCUUUGGUUGCUCUAUGGGUAAGAAAGAGGAGAAUGGUGUGAUUGGGGGAUGUGGUUAUAGGCCUGAUUCAAAGGCGUUGGUGGCAGUCCAAGGGUUAAGUGCAGCCAUGGCUAGUGGUUUUUCAGCUUUAAUAACUAUGCCACUUGACACCAUCAAGACCAGAUUACAGGUUCUAGAUAGAGAAGAGAAUGGGGUAAGAAAACCUUUGACGGUUUUGCAGACAGUGAGGAAUCUGGUUAAAGAAGGCGGAUUGGCAGCUUGUUACAGGGGAUUAGGACCGAGGUGGGCGUCCAUGUCUAUGUCUGCAACAACCAUGAUCACUACCUAUGAGUUAUUGAAACGGUUAUCUACAAAGAGCCAAGAGAGCUUGACAUCAUAACUAGGGCGGCUGUUGGAAACACAGAUAGGUUUCUCACUUGAGAUGCUUUAAGCUUUUGUUUACCUUAUACCCUGUUGGCUUUAACCGGCCUACUUAGCAAGAGGGAUUACUAAUGUAAAUUUUUCUUUUCUUAUUUGGUUUUUUCUAAUGAUGAGGUUCAUCUCCAUAUUAAUGUAAAACGGGUAUCUAGCAGUUUUUCUUUCUUUUCCAUCUGGGUCACUCUGUAUUAAUGUGUCUUUCAUGGUAUAAUUCAAUCCUCUUCUACUCCAAA